UGCAUUAGGCCAGUUAACUGUGUAUGGUAAUCCUGCCUUGUAGUUAGUACUUCAGCAAAGUAGUUUGGUUUGUAUGGGAUUGCCUCAGAAGGACCAAAGAGCAAUUAGCUACUUGAGGAGGCUCAGUUACUGACAGAGGGAUAUGAUAUCUCAUCAAUGUAGCUGUCAGACAUGAUGGUCACACAGCCACUAACUGAUUGACCAGUUCAGUGUGGUGCUUGAAAGAAACCAUUAUUUUAUGAAAAUAUUGCUGUUAAGAAGACUAGAUUUAUCACAGGCAUCCCACUCAUUCCAGUUGUGCAAGGCCUAAAUGGGAGCACUCGUUUGUUUGCUUGGUUGUUUGAACUUGUUUUAUCCAAACUGGUAUAGAUAAACUGGUAUAAAUAGGACUUUUAGUUGAAACAUACUUUUGCUGUGGAGGUAUGUGAAGGGAGGACUCCUGCAGACACCACUUAGUGGAAGUAGAUUUAAGUGUCCCCUGUAUAUGGGGAUCCCUGCUGUGCUCUGUAAGGUGGUAACAUUUAUACUGUUAGCAUAACAUUCAACAGUGUCAGCAAUGGACUCUGUUAGUAGUGCUUUGCAUCCUUUCAUUUUUUUGUAGCACCUAAUCAUACUGAUGGUUAUAGUAUUAUGUGAGCUUGUUGUGUUUGGUGUUGUAUUUGUUUCAGUUGUUAGGCAGUUGACCCAUAUGUACAUGUAUACUUAAAAAAAGCCUGUUUAUACCAAUUGAGGACACUUUGUUAAACUCUUUGUUAAACCACUUUAUUACAAUUUGAUGGUUUUCGACAGUUGAUUCUGGCAGUUUCCUCUUGAUUAAGAAUUCAAAGCUGCAAAGGUGACCACAUGUGUGGAGGAGCUCUAUAGCAACAUGUUGUAGAUAUGAUUUGCAUGUUGUUGUAGGUCUUUUUUGACCAGGUGCAGGCUGUUGCUCUAGUGGUGCUAUAACUUCUACUGGUAGUUUCAGUAUAUAGUAUUAUACUUUUAGUUCUGGUUACAGAUUGAGAACAAACAUGUUUUUGAAUUCGUUGAAGAACGCAUCAUUAAUUUUGGGAAGUAGCUAUAAUGUCAUUUGACAUCAUUUCUUAUUGGUUCAAGUGUACAACUGCGUGAGCAAACAGUGAAAAACUAUUUGAAUAGGUGGAAGCAAAAGAAAUGGUGUUCUACAUUGGAAGCAUUUACGUAUCUUAAUUACAUUGAAUAGGGAACAUCUAGUAACCAUGUUAGUAAUAGAUGUGCAUUCCUUGAUUCAAGGAUGACCUGGUUAGAGAUUGAUAGUGGUCGAUCUAUCUAAUCAGGUGUUGCCAUUAAUUUGAGUUUAAUGGUGGUUGGUGAAUGUGACAGUAUUAGCAGUAAACUGCUUCUACUUCUUGUGAGUCAGAGCAUUAGGACAUGGCUAUGGUGUUGCAGGACAUGGUGUUUUGCAGUCUGGCUGGCAAACCUUGGUUUCGGACUUUGGUAACUUAUUGUCUUCAUUAUUGUAGUUGAACAUCUUGUAAUGGUCAUUUUAUAGUGUGGAUAUUAAGAGUUCAUAGUAUUGAUAUAUCUUGUUAUAUGAUCAUUAUAUGAAUUAUGCAUUGCAAGACCUUCAGGUGAUGGUUUAUGUUUGUUAUCUGGUUGAACUUGGGCAAAGUCUUUUGGUUUUUAUUUUUGUUAGUUGGGUUAAUUGAUGUUGUGUGAGGGUUUAACAUGUAUAGAGUAGAUGCUGACAGUACACAACCAUCUUGAAACAAGUUGCUGUUUGCUAGUUGUUUUCAAAGGAAUAUGUCAAUCUUUUGCUUGGUCUAUAUUUCUUUGGUUUGGGAGUCAUGGCAGUCUCAUCUCUUCUUCGUCCCUUUGUAAAACCUUGCCUACCGUCUGUGGUGAAGCCUGAGAUCACGUACUGUCUCCAACUGACUGAAAACUACCAUUUGGAGCCUGGAACCACUGGAGGUGGAUCAGCAGGAGCAGGAGAAGGAGAAAACAAAAGUGAAGGAAAGAGCACAGAAGGCUCAGUUGAGAUGGUUCAUUAUAAUUUUGAUCGAGUCGAUCUCAUCUGCCUACUGCUCUCUUUUAUAUUUGGACUGUGGUACAUUCUGAAGAAACAUUGGAUUGCAAACAAUGUAUUUGGACUGUCCUUUGCAAUCAAAGGAAUCGAAAUGCUGUCACUAAACAGUGUCACCAAUGGCUGCAUUCUUCUUGGUGGUCUUUUUCUUUAUGAUGUCUUUUGGGUGUUUGGCACUGAUGUUAUGGUUACUGUGGCCAAGUCUUUUGAUGCUCCCAUCAAAUUUAUAUUUCCCAUGGAUUUUCUUGAGAAGGGCGUAUGGGGAAGCAACUUUGCCUUGUUGGGCCUGGGGGAUGUUGUACUUCCCGGAAUAUUUAUUGCCCUGUUGCUGAGAUUUGAGAAUAGCAAGAGUGUAGGAAGUCGUUUCUACUUCAUAUCCACAUGUGUGGCCUACCUAGCAGGACUGAUACUGACAGUUGUUGUUAUGCAUGUGUUCAAUGCAGCACAGCCUGCAUUGUUGUAUCUUGUUCCUGCUUGUCUGGGUCUGCCUCUCUCAUUGGCAGCAGUCAAAGGAGAUUUAGCCGAACUAUUCAGGUAUGAAGAUUAUCCGUCAGAAGAUAAAGGAAAAGAGCAAGCUGGAACUAAAUAUGACUGAAUUUUUGCUGCGCAGCUAGUUUUUGGGGUAGGAAGUUGGAGGUGUAUGUUGAUAUCAUUAGAUCAACAGUUGGUGAUGCCAUCUGACGGUUAUUUCGUUCCGCAAA